AUGUCUCAGCUGGAAACGGCUGCACCCUCAUCAGACGUGCGCGAGGGCCUCCCGGUGUCUAACUUGACCGUGCUGGUCCUCGUGCUGCUGCCCUGCGUGGUUCUGUUGCUGCUGCUGAACUGCCUGCUGCUGGGGCACAAACUGCUCCUCUUCAGCAGGGGCAAACGAGCGCGCUGCGGCCCCGACGCCGCCCUCAUGCGCUCACUGCUGUCCACGCGCCGAAGAGCCGCCCGUUUCCCACGCGACCCCGCGUUCGGUCAAACCAGGCGAGCGUCCGUCUCUGAACCGACGCUCGCGCCGCCCAUCACCUCGUCCCUCACCUCCUCGGCGGAGUGGCGGAGGUGCGCGGGACCACGCGGCGGGUCAGUCCGAGCGGACGGGGCCACGCACGCGGGCUCGGGCUCGGGCUCCUUGCGCGUUCAGAGCCGUUCGACCAACAGGGCGGACCUGCCGCGCGGCUCGCGCUCCUGGCGGAGGAGCGCACCGGUUAUUUUGCAGUCCAGCGAUUCGGGAACGGAGCGCGCCAACCGCGUGCCACCGAACUCACCGGCGCAGUUUGCGAGUUCAAAUGGGGAUUUGAUCCCCAUGAGGACGAUGCGACGCAGUAGCACAAUGGAGUUGGAGCUCAUCUCUCUGGACAAGGUCCACAUAGAGGACGAGGUGGUCAGCAGCAUCCCGCAAGAGUCCUGCUUUGCGGCGUCCGCCAGCACAUCGGUUGCCGGAUCCGGCCUGGACAGCGACUUUGGCGCCAGUGCAGGUGUGUCUUUGCGCAUCCUGUCUGCGGACAGCGAUGGAUUCCCCGGGACAACCUGGACGUCUGCUCUGGAAUGGGAUUAUUACGACCCGAGUUACGUCACACAGAACCACCUUCCUAAACCCAGACACCACGCACCCUCCAUCACAACCAAACAGUACUGGGUGUAAAGACCACGUCCCCCUCACCAGACUUGAGCACACCUUUCUGGAAAGCUCCAGACAUCUAGAACACAACGCCAUGUAAGAGCUACAGAAUUUGUUUUAGAAUUCUAGAUCUUGAAGCAGGAAUUGGUUGAGUUCUUCACUACAGAGAGAAAGCAUGCCUCAGAUUUUUUUAACUACUUCACAACACACCGCUGCCACGUUUCAAGGGGCUUGAAUUCACAUUCACGAGCACGGUUCAGCUUCCUGCGCUCUAGUAGUUUGCUUUUGAGUUCACGGCAGCAUUUUUGAGACUCACGUAUUGGUUCAGAUACUAAGUCACUGUCUGCACUCUGUCCACAAUGCACUCAUUUGUUUUUCCUUUUUUCUUUCAAAUGUGAUUUACUGCACUGUGGUGUCUGAUCUCAGAUCAGUUUUAAAUGUAAAUAUUUGGUUAUGGCUGCAUUUACUUGACACACAUCACUUCUAUCCGGUUGGUGAAAACUGUACAAAAAAAAAAAGCUUACAUAGACCAUUACUUGAAAUGAAGAAAUUCCCAAGAAUAACGUUUCACACAAAUUUCAGAAACACAUCUGAGGUCUUUCCACCCCCUUCAAGUUUGUGCAAUGUUUUAGAGACUAGAUUAAAUAAAGUGGCACUAUAUUUUGGCACACAGAAUUUAGUGAGACUACACUGUAUAUCUAUAAAUGGCAUUUAUGAUCUAGAUAUUCCUUUUAUCUACUUGAUUUUAGAUAUUAUAAUGACAUUAAAAUUCACUUGGUCCAUAGUUCUGGAAAUCCAAACCCAA